AUGUCGAAAAACAAAAAUCAAAAAGAUAAAUAACCUCUAACCAAAAAAAAGUUUUCAUAUGAAUUACUGGAAAAUAGCUCUUUAAGUUAAAGUGACACUUGCUUUGCUAUAUCUACAAGUUUUAAUAGAGAAAAAGUUGCUGUAGGAUGCUAUGAAAAAAUAAAAAUGUUUUAGUUUAAAUAAGGAGGACUAAAGUUGAUAAAUACUUUAACUAGUCAUAAAUCUCAUGUAAAUGCUUUUUAAUUUAUGAAAAAAACAAAUACAUUAUUUUCAGGAGGAGAUGAUAAUAUUAUGAUUAUUUGGUCCACAAUCCAAAUCAAUAAUGGAAAAUUUAUAAAAAAAAUAUUUGAUCAUAAAAGAGAGAUAUCUUGUUUAAUAGCCAAUAAGGAACAAGAUUUUAUAGUUUCUGGGAGUUAUGAUUCAAAUAUUAAAUUUUGGAGGUAAAAAAAUUUUUGGGAAUGUUGCUAAACUAUAAAAGAACAUAGAAAUGAAAUUAAUAGUUUAAGCUUAAAUCAAGAAGGUAACAAAUUGAUUUCGUGCGGCCAAGACAGAUUUAUUUUGAUUAUGGAAACUUCAUAAAAGGAUAAUUAAAUUUAAUGGGUUUUAAGAUAAAAAUUAUAUGAAAAUCAUUAAGGUUACCGUUUAUGUUUUAUAGAUGAUUCAACUUUUGUUUUCCAACCCCGUGUUGGAAAAACAAUGGAUAUUUAUUAGAUGAAUGAUCAAUAGAAUUUCAAAAAAACAAAAAGUAUUGCUGUUAAAGGUUAUGACUAAUAUUGCAAUCCUUUCUUUCCUUUAUAAUACAUUACAUCUAAGAAUCUAAUUAUAAAUAAAAAUGGAUAUUAUGUUAAUAUAAUUAAGGUGUUAGAGAACAAAAAAUUUGUAAAUUGUUAUUCCAUCAACUUCUAUUUUGAAUCAGAUGGACAUAUAUAUGGUAAUUUGACUUAGGACGGUGAGUAUCUAAUAAUAUGGGAUUCACGAUCUUCUGAAAUCUAAGUAAGAAAAUAUAAGGAAUAUUGA